AUGCUGCUGACUCCAGGAGGGGCCUUUCACCUGCCCUGGCAUUGCCAUGUGGCCUCUCCUCUAUUUCUCCCUGCCCCGCCCUGCCCUGGCAAAAUCAAGCCAUGCCGGGCACUGUACCAACCCGCUCCAGUCCUGGGCCAGGUGCACACCCUUAUCUGGUAUCACAAGCCCUGCUGGGACCCCAAGAACAGUGGCACAGAGCUGGCUUGGAUUGGGGCCAGGGUCACAGCAGCACCCGAAGUGGUCUUCCUGGGCAACCUCUGAGACAGCAGCAGUCUGCUCCAGAAUGCAAGGCUGGGUGACAACGGCACCUAUGGGGUCUGGAUCCAUGCUGUCCAGCCCCCGGGGUUGACGCUCAAGGCCACUGACAAGCAGCAGCACAAGGAGUGGAUGGGGAUGAUCCAGGUGCAGGGGGCAGUGGGCCUCUCCACCCCCUGCCUGGAGGGUCUGUGGCCACUGUGGGAGGGGAUCCUGACCCACCCGACCUGCUCCUUGCCCCACCACUGCCCCCUGCAACCCCUAGGCCUGGCCUGGGGGGGCCUGGAGGGCCCAGGUGGAGCACAGACCCAGUCCUGGGCCUGGCUGGACCUGGAGGGCACCCCCCAAUGCAAGGACCACAGCCAUGCUCUCUCCUGCGCCCUGGACACCCCUGAUGCCCCUCAGGUGCGCCUGGAGCUGCAUGUGCUCUAUCCCCCAAGGAAUGUGACAGAGACAGGGAUGCCAGAACCAGUGGUGCUGGAGGGGCAGCUUGUGCAGCUGCAGUGCAGGGUGCCCAGGGGUGCCAACCCCUCUGUCUACCAGUACUGCUGGUCCCAGAACUGGAAGGCACUGGGAGAGCAUGGCCCCAUGCUAGCCUUCAUGGCCCAGGCACAAGGCUCUACUGGCACCUACUGCUGCACGGCCCAGAGCCCCCAAGGCAUCGCCACCUCCCUGCCGCUCUGCCUUGGGGAGCCUGCCCAUCUGGGUCCCCUCCACCUCUGGGAGGCCUGUGGUGCCCUGCAGCGUUGGGAGGCCAGCCCAGACACCUGGGUCCCCUCCCUCUUACCACCCCCCACCCUUGCAGACGUGCCCUGGGCUGUGGCGCUGGAGCUGCAGGCAGCACUGCCCAUCCACUCUGGGGACCCCGUGGCACUACUCUAUUCCUGCCAGGCCAAGCCCCUGGCUGCUAACUUCAGCUGGUUCCAGGAUGGGCAGGACCUGCUGGGGCAGAACAGAUGCUGGCUGGACCUGAAUCCAGUGCAUCCUGAGGACACUGGUACUUAUGUAUGUCAGGCCCGCAACCCCUUUGGUGCUGCCCGCUCAUUCCCACCGGACCUGGAUGUGCUCUCCGAGUAG